AUUUUCAGUAGUUUUUACUAUGUCAUAUGAAGUGUCAACGGGACCUAAGGAUACUAAUGACAAAAGUUUACCGAUGAAGGACGAAGAUAAGUGUUCGGAAGACAAAAACGCGAUAAUUGCUGGUUUACAGCAACUACGUGAGCAACAAAAAAAUAUCGUGAUGGAGUUGACGCGAGUAGAAGAUGAUAAACGCGAGCAUGAACGUGUCUUGCAAGUGCUAAAAAAGAUGGAAGGUGAUAGAAAAUGUUUUCGAAUGGUGGGCACGACAUUAGUGCAGCAUGAAAUUAGAACUGUUUUACCUAUAUUGGAAUCAACAUUGCAAAAUCUGGAUGCAUUAGUUGAAUCAAUGAAAGAUAAUUUGAUAGAAAAAGGGAAAGAAAUGCAAGAAUAUACGGACAAGCAUAAAAUUCGUUAUGUCAGUGAAAAAGAAUUGAGGGAGGAAUCUGAACGUAGAAUGAUGAAGAAAUGAUAAUGAAUGAAGCUUUCAUCAUAGUGCCAAUUUUUCAUAUUAUUUGGAAUAUAUUUUUAUG